AUGCAACCCGACGAUCGUUUCACUUCUUCUCUGUCAUUAUCGCACUCUUUACCAAAUCCGAACCAGAGUAACAACAAUAAUAACAUCAACAACAAUAAUCAAGGGAGUAAUCGUGCAAAUAAUAAAACAACAAGGGUUGGAGGGCAUCAGCAGCAAUCAUCAGGGUUUUAUCCACAGCAGCAGCAACAGCAACAACAUUUUAAUAAUUUAUUUCCUCAACAAACUCAACAAAUGAUGAUACAAGAACAUCACCAACAACAUUCCUUACGACAAUCUCCUGUACCACCAUCAUCCACAAUGCAACAACACCCUGCAACCAUGUACAAUUAUAAUUCCUCCUCACCAAUGAAUUCACCAAUGAAUAAUAAUAAUAUGAAUAAUAUGAAUAACACUCCUAAUCAUCAUUCAAGAUUCAAUACCUCAUCACAAGUAACCUCUACAUCAGUACACCAAUCAUCAAUGCACUACAAUACUAACAAUAACAUUGGAAAUAAUUACGCAAUUAAUUCCUCAACAAGUGCACCUUUCAAUAAUUCAACCAAUACUACUAAUACUACUACAACAAAUCAGUUCUCAUCAGGGAAUAAUACAUUUUCCGAUUUCUAUUCGGCGAAGGCUCAGCAAUCUAAUUCUAAACCUGGUGAAUUGGGUCAGAACACUAAUAUGCUGCUCACAAAUUCGGGUUCUGUACACACAAACACUAACUACCAAAAUGUAUAUAAGAACGAUCAUCUACUCACAACUAGUCAAUUAAUACCCAAUACUAAUAACAUGCCAAACCAAACAUACAACGAUUUCAAUAUCACAACAAACCAAUUACAAUCGUCUUCUCCAUCUAUUCAUUCACCUAAUUUUCACUCCUCUUCAUCUAGUGACAAGAAUAGCAAUACUGUGAUUGAGCUACCAAAACCCAAAAAGAAGACCAAGUCAAAACCUCCUGCCGGAGUUGGUCAAUUAAGUUUUACCAUUCCACCAAUAGCAUCGGAAGAACGGUUUGAUGAUGUUUCUGAAGCAGUUGCAUUUAGUGGAACUAAGCUUUUCCCCAUUGCCUGUGUGGCUUGUUGUUCUUCUAAAGGUAUUGAAUGUCAAUAUAGAACUCCAAGAAAGAAAGGAAGGGCACUGCAAAGUAAUGAUGGAUUUCAAACUUUUACCUCACUAGAUGAAAUCAAGUAUAUCCCACAAUCCCAAGGUUUUACCGAUACUGAAACAGUAAUGAAUGCUACGAUGCCUUCUAAUUCUCUUUCUGUCAGUCCACCAAAGGAUUUGGGUAUUGAUGAUAUUGUAACGAAGAAGAGAAAGAAAUCACAAAAGAAGGAAGAAUCUGUCCCUAAGAAGUUGGCUGUAGACAGAUUACCAACACUAAAAAAUGUUGAAACAUCACCAAAUAUUCAAAUAGUCAAUGUAAAUACUAACAAUGAUUAUCAACAGCCAACACUAGUUCAACGCAACCAAACCCCUUCUCCAAAACAAGACAUCUCCAAUAGAAUUCAAAUUCCUUCAAUCAGUCCUUCUGAACUUUAUGAUUCUCCACAAACACAACUUUCUACCGUCACUCCAUCAAAUAAUUAUCUGGCAAUUCAAAGUAAUACUAAUAACUUUCCUCUCUUAGCUUCUAAUGUUGUCCAGCCUGAUUUAGCUCCAUUUAACGAUCCAAAUGCGACUGUUGAUACAAUAUCUCAAUUACUUGUGCUUUUACUUUCAUCUAACAACCAAUCUAAUGUUGCUAGCUUGAUAAAGGAUAUUCUCAAUAAUGGAGAUGGGGAAGGUCUUAAAAAAUUAUUGGGAACCACCUUUGGUUUGGAGAGUUUUAUUACCACUAAUGAGCGUCUUAAUAUUUCCGCAAUCAAAAAAAGAACUGUUGACUUGUAUGAUGAGAUUAUUAGUUUUGGCUAUCCAAUACUUAGUUCCCAAUACAUUGAUGAGGCCCUCUCAGCAACAAAUAUCAGAGCUUACUCGAAUGAAAAUUUAGCACUCAUUUAUGCCAUUCAUGCUGUUACAUGUCAAAGACUCUGUGAGUUGGAGCAAGCCAAACAGGCAUACCAUAAGAGUUUAAUGGAGCUAAAGGAGACUACCGACAAACAUAAUUUGAUUGUGAUUGCCACCUAUUGCAAUUUGGCCCUUUAUUGUGGAGGCACUGGAGAUACAGACACUGCUCAACAAUUACUGGCAUCUGCUGAGAUAUAUUUGCUAAAUAGACGAAAAUUCAAAUUGCAAACAAAUGAUACUAAUUUGGUUUUGAAUUUUAUUGGAUGUGACGAUUCUACAUCAUCAUUCACCCUUUUUGAUAAUCUUUCAAAUGACGAAUUCAAAGUUGAAAAGUUAAAGGAAGUGUGCUCUGUAGCAGCAUAUUUAGGUUCUGGAUCAUCAAAGCCAAGUAUUUACAUGAUUUUAAGAGGUUACUCUUUUGCUGAGGAGAUUGGAGUUUUCUUAUCUGAAUGUUUAUUACUUUUUGAGGGAAAAAUUACUAAAAAGGAUUUGAAUAUUCUAACCAAACCUAUAGAUGCCAAUACAUUCUCUGAUUAUUUAGGAGUACUGUCAAGAGUUGAGAGUGCCUACUCUGGACAUGAGUCUGCUAGACCGUAUUCAAGUUUGCAGAUGAAAUUGGCAGCAUCCCUACUUCUUUGUGUGCUAGGAGGAUCUCGAGCUUGGGUUCUCCAUAGAGCUGGUAUUAAGGGACCAAUUAUCGAAGAGUACGCCUCACAAGUAACUAGUUUGACCACAACCGAGGGAUUCUUGUUACUUCAUUCAUUGACAAUACAGUUUGUUGCUAAAGCACUGGAAAUACAUUAUGAGACAGUUUGCGAUGCAGAAAGUGGUUUAAGGAAGAACAAUGACUUGUUGGAAUUGUAUCAAACCAUGUUCACAUGUUUCAAUUCACUUGUCGAGUUGAGUAAGAGAUUUACGCGUAUUUUAAGGUUUUAUCCUAAUCUUUUACAUAUCACGGCUAUUAAAUUGAUGUCAAGAGGGUUCACGGGAGAGUCCAUUGACCUUGUGAUAAAGAACAUGCACCCACAAACAAGCCCUCAUUUUAGAUCAGAUAAUAAUUUACAAAAUCCUCAAACCGCUGGAGAUCACACUGCUGUUGGUAAUGAAGUCAAAUUCAACUUUGACCAAUUGCUAUCUAAUUUUAUUGCCACCACUAUGAAAUCACCUUUUAAUUGA